GCGCUGCAAGAACCCUGCUCGGAACCCGGACGGCACGCGCACCCGGAGCCCCGGAUCCGAGUCCGGCCCGCGGCAGACCGCCGGAUAACUGUGCCCCCGAACUACCACCACUUGCUCCUUCCCGCCCCGGCCCGCCUCCCGGAGUUCUCCGGCUCCGAGCUCUCCAGCGCCCGGGAUCCUCCUGGACCGGUCCGUCCAGAUUCCCGCGGGUCCGACCUGCCCGCAUCCCCCAGCAUCGCCAGGCUCGGGCCGCCGCCUCGGUCUCGGAGCCGCCCGCCUGGAUCGCACCCUCUCUUUGCCCGGAUCUCUUGGGACCGUACGCGAGCGUUCCUCGGAGCCCGCGAAGCGGACCCUUCCCCGGGUCCCCGCAGCCCCGCCGGCGCGGCCCGGCGCGGCCCGGCUCGGCUCCCGGAGCCCGCCCCGGCCAUGGCCCGAGCCCGCCCGCCGCCUCCACCGCCGCCGCCGCCGGGGCUCCUGCCGCUGCUCCCUCCGCUGCUGCUGCUGCCACUGCUGCUGCCCGCCGGCUGCCGGGCGCUGGAAGAAACCCUCAUGGACACAAAGUGGGUGACAUCAGAGUUGGCAUGGACAUCUCAUCCAGAAAGUGGGUGGGAAGAGGUGAGUGGCUACGAUGAGGCCAUGAACCCCAUCCGCACAUACCAGGUGUGCAACGUGCGGGAGUCCAGCCAGAAUAACUGGCUUCGAACGGGCUUCAUCUGGCGGCGGGAGGUGCAGCGCGUCUAUGUGGAGCUCAAGUUCACCGUGCGUGACUGCAACAGCAUCCCCAACAUCCCUGGCUCCUGCAAAGAGACCUUCAACCUCUUCUACUACGAGGCCGACAGCGACGUGGCCUCUGCCUCCUCGCCCUUCUGGAUGGAGAACCCCUACGUGAAGGUGGACACCAUCGCGCCUGACGAGAGCUUCUCGCGGCUUGACACCGGCCGCGUCAACACCAAGGUGCGAAGCUUCGGGCCACUCUCCAAGGCCGGCUUCUACUUGGCCUUCCAGGACCAGGGCGCCUGCAUGUCACUCAUCUCCGUGCGUGCCUUCUACAAGAAGUGUGCGUCCACCACUGCAGGCUUCGCCCUUUUCCCCGAGACCCUCACAGGGGCUGAGCCCACCUCUCUGGUCAUCGCCCCGGGCACGUGCGUUGCCAAUGCUGUGGAGGUGUCUGUGCCACUCAAGCUUUACUGCAACGGCGACGGGGAGUGGAUGGUGCCUGUGGGUGCCUGCACCUGUGCCGCCGGCCACGAGCCAGCUGCCAAGGACUCCCAGUGCCGCCCCUGUGCCCCCGGGAGUUACAAGGCGAAGCAGGGAGAGGGGCCUUGCCUCCCCUGCCCCCCCAGUAGCCGCACCACCUCGCCAGCAGCCAGCAUCUGCACCUGCCACAGCAACUUCUACCGAGCGGAUUCGGACUCUGCAGACAGUGCCUGUACCACGGUGCCAUCUCCCCCCCGGGGUGUGAUCUCCAACGUGAAUGAGACCACACUGAUCCUCGAGUGGAGCGAGCCCCGGGACCUGGGGGGCCGGGAUGACCUCCUAUACAACGUCAUCUGCAAGAAGUGCCGCGGGGGCCCCGGGGCUGGGGGCACCUCAGCCUGCUCUCGCUGCGAUGACAAUGUGGAGUUUGUGCCUCGGCAGCUGGGCCUGACUGAGCGCCGGGUCCACAUCAGCCAUCUGCUGGCUCAUACACGCUACACCUUUGAGGUGCAGGCCGUCAACGGGGUCUCGGGCAAGAGCCCUCUGCCCCCCCGCUACGCAGCCGUGAAUAUCACCACCAACCAGGCGGCCCCGUCCGAAGUGCCUACACUCCAUCUCCACAGCAGUUCAGGCAGCAGCCUGACCCUUUCCUGGGCACCCCCAGAGCGGCCCAAUGGAGUCAUCCUGGACUAUGAGAUGAAAUACUUUGAGAAGAGUGAGGGCAUUGCUUCCACGGUGACCAGCCAGAAGAACUCGGUACAGCUGGAUGGGCUGCGGCCUGAGGCCCGCUAUGUGGUCCAGGUGCGAGCCCGCACCGUGGCCGGCUACGGGCAGUACAGCCGUCCGGCUGAGUUUGAGACCACAAGCGAGAGAGGCUCCGGCGCCCAGCAGCUCCAGGAACAGCUUCCCCUCAUCGUGGGGUCUGCCACGGCUGGGCUGGUCUUUGUGGUUGCUGUCGUGGUCAUCGCUGUCGUCUGUCUCAGGAAGCAGCGGCACGGCUCUGACUCGGAGUAUACAGAGAAGCUGCAGCAAUACAUUGCUCCUGGAAUGAAGGUUUACAUUGACCCUUUUACCUAUGAGGACCCUAAUGAGGCUGUGCGAGAGUUUGCCAAGGAGAUCGAUGUAUCCUGUGUCAAGAUCGAGGAGGUGAUUGGAGCUGGGGAAUUUGGGGAAGUGUGCCGGGGUCGGCUGAAACAGCCCGGCCGCAGGGAGGUGUUCGUGGCCAUCAAGACGCUGAAGGUGGGCUACACCGAGAGGCAGCGGCGGGACUUCCUCAGCGAGGCGUCCAUCAUGGGUCAGUUUGACCACCCCAACAUAAUCCGACUAGAGGGCGUGGUCACUAAAAGCCGGCCGGUCAUGAUUCUCACCGAGUUCAUGGAGAACUGCGCCCUGGACUCCUUCCUCCGGCUCAACGACGGACAGUUCACAGUCAUUCAGCUGGUGGGCAUGCUUCGGGGCAUUGCUGCGGGCAUGAAGUACCUGUCUGAGAUGAACUAUGUGCACCGAGACCUGGCCGCCCGCAACAUUCUGGUCAACAGCAACCUGGUCUGCAAAGUCUCAGACUUUGGCCUCUCCCGCUUCCUGGAGGAUGAUCCCUCCGAUCCUACCUACACCAGCUCCCUGGGCGGGAAGAUCCCCAUUCGCUGGACUGCCCCAGAGGCCAUAGCCUAUCGGAAGUUCACCUCUGCUAGUGAUGUCUGGAGCUAUGGAAUCGUCAUGUGGGAGGUCAUGAGCUACGGAGAGCGACCCUACUGGGACAUGAGCAACCAGGAUGUCAUCAAUGCCGUCGAGCAGGAUUACCGGCUGCCCCCACCCAUGGACUGCCCCACAGCCCUGCACCAGCUCAUGCUGGACUGCUGGGUGCGGGACCGGAACCUCAGGCCUAAAUUCUCCCAGAUUGUUAACACCCUGGACAAGCUCAUCCGCAAUGCUGCCAGCCUCAAGGUCAUCGCCAGUGCCCAGUCUGGCAUGUCACAGCCCCUCCUGGACCGCACGGUCCCGGAUUACACGACCUUUACGACAGUUGGUGACUGGCUAGAUGCCAUCAAGAUGGGGCGCUACAAGGAGAGCUUUGUCAGCGCGGGAUUUGCGACCUUUGACCUGGUGGCUCAGAUGACUGCAGAAGACCUGCUCCGGAUCGGGGUCACCUUGGCUGGCCAUCAGAAGAAGAUCCUCAGCAGUAUCCAGGACAUGCGGCUGCAGAUGAACCAGACACUGCCCGUGCAGGUCUGACACCUGACCCCUACGGGGUGGGUGCCCCCCAAGGACUGUGCAGGGACUCUGACCAGCCGGCUAGACUUUUGGACUUUUGGAUGCCUGGCCUUAGGCUGUGGCCCAGAAGAUGGAAGU